GCGAAAUUAUUACCGAAGCAUGUAUAGCUCGAUUUUAUAAGAAACUAUUCAUAGCGAUUCACGUCAAAACAUACACUUACAUUGUUCGCAUUCACGGCUUGCAACCAGUGUGACUCACGAGACAUGUUUUCAGGGUACAAGGCGAUAGUCAACAACACUCCACAUCUGACAUUCAAGAUGGCGGCAACCUGGGCUGUCACUCUCUUGCUUGUGGGAUACUUUUCCGUGUGUAAUGGCACCGUGUGUUCCGUAAGCCGUCGAUCAUCCAUCAAUUACAGAUCCAUCUACUACAAGGUGUACAUGUACUGUUCCAAUAUUUGUUGCGGGACAAUCUACACACGUUACUGCUGUAUCUUAUCAAAGAAAGCCCUCUUGGGCUUGAAGAUCUCUGGAGGCGUUCUUGCUGUCAUCUUGUUGUUAGUCCUCCUCUGUUACAUCCUUUACUGUUCUAUAAAGAACAGAAGACCAAGACGACGACGGGUCACUCAUCCUCCCACUCGGCCCCGUGUGACGUCCUCUGGGAUCUCACGAGGCAUUGAACCUGGCUACGGAAAAAAACCUAUCACCCACUACCCAAUGCCCCCAUCCAUCAAAGCCAACGACCUUACAAACGGUUCCUCAGGUCCAGUGCACCCCCCUGGACAAAACUCUUACGGCGGACAGAUAAAUACUCGGACUCUACCUCCAGGAACUAUUCACCCACCGCCGUCCGUGCCAGCACCUGCAUGGCAAGCCCCAUCCCCCCGGGGCCCCUCAGAGUGACAACCCACCGAUGCCACAGCCAGACCCUCCUAAAACAUCAAAGCUUUACCCUCCUACAACGUCUCCAACAGAUGACAACCCCCUCGUCACUGCUCCAGGGGCUUCAGGUAUCCACCCACCGCCAGCACUCACCCACCUCCUUCCCAGUGACAAAGCUCCGACGACGGCAGCUCCCACAGAAGGAGAAGAAGAAGGAGAGUCGUAUUGACAAUGCAGUGAAUGCUUGAUAAACCUCAAAGUUUUAUUCAUUUCAGGAGUUCGUUUGUCAGCGUAUAUUUUUUUCAGAAAGUUGUCGAAAGUUGCCACAGCCCGACCCUCCUAAAACAUCAAAGCUUUACCCUCCUACAACGUCUCCAACAGAUGACAACCCCCUCGUCACUGCUCCAGGGGCUUCAGGUAUCCACCCACCGCCAGCACUCACCCACCUCCUUCCCAGUGACAAAGCUCCGACGACGGCAGCUCCCACAGAAGGAGAAGAAGAAGGAGAGUCGUAUUGACAAUGCAGUGAAUGCUUGAUAAACCUCAAAGUUUUAUUCAUUUCAGGAGUUCGUUUGUCAGCGUAUAUUUUUUUCAGAAAGUUGUCGAAUGUUUUUGAAGUUUGUUAAAUGUUUAACAGGUUAAAAGUUUAGAUGUUUAACAGGUUUUAACA